UGUCUCAUCCUCCUGAGUGCUAGGAUCACAGGCGUGCGCCACCACGCCUGGCCUACAAUUAGCACAUAUGUAUUGGGCUCAAACAGCAUCAGCUGAAUGAAUGCACCUAGCCUUUCCAGAGUCCCUGCCACACAUACAAACACCAUCGAUCAAUGGGAGCUAUCAGAGGAGAGGGAGGCGCUUCUGGGUGGGAGACCCUGGACCCCAGCCUCGGCAGCCGUCCACGUUCGCGUCGCGUCCCCUUUAAGGGGCGGGCACAGGGACGCUCCCGGAAGCGGCGGGCGGCGACCUCUGUGCUCCCGGCCGCGCGCCGUGAUCCCCCCCGCCGUGGCCCCUGCACCUCGGCCCCGGCGCGAGUCUUGCGCCCCGCGAUCCCGCGCGGCGCCCCGCGCUCCGCAGCCUCAGCCAGGUGGCAUCCGCCUGGCUCUCGGUCCCUUCGCACCCCCAGCACCGGCGACCUCGGGCCCGGCCGGGUGUCCUCGGGGCGACGCGGGCUGAGCAUCCCCGCGCGGUCCCCGAGUAGCCGGCCAUGGGGGUCCCCUAGGGCCCGGGCGGGCGGCCGGGCUGGGAUGGGGACGCCGUGGCGCCUGUCCGCCAGGCUCUGCCUGUGGCGGCUGCCCGGUCUGGGGCGCGCGCAGGAGCUUGGCCUCCUCGGGGCCCCAGGGCGCGCCCGCCGGGCCCGGCUCUACUGGCUGCUGCUGGGCGCGCUGCCCGCGCUCGUCUCAGCCGAGGGCGGCGCCGGGGACGGGGCUCGAACUGGGCAGGCGGCACCGGCGGGGCGCCGAGCUGAGGACGCGCUCCCGUGGGGGGCCCACGCGCGACCGCGGCGCCGAGUCCUCCUGCAGCCGCGCGUGUGGCUGCGCGCUGGCACGCUCCUGGCGCGGUUCCUGCCGCUGCUGCUGCUGCUCCCGCUCACCUACCUGGCUCCCGGCCUGGCCGCUCUCUGGCUGCGUCUGCUGCUCAAGGCCACCGAGGCCGCGGGUCCCACGUGCAUCAAGCUGGGCCAGUGGGCCAGCACCCGGCGCGACCUCUUUUCCGAGGCCUUCUGUGCUCACUUCUCCAGGCUGCACGUCCGCGUGGCCCCGCACCCGUGGGCACACACAGAGCGCUUCCUGCGCCAGGCGUUCGGGGACGAUUGGGGGCGCGUCCUCUUCUUUGAGACCCGCGAGCCGGUGGGCUCGGGCUGCGUGGCCCAAGUGUACAAGGCGUUCGCCAGCCCUGCCCUCCUGGAGCAAAGCGACGCGAGGGGCCGGGGUGAGCCCUCCGGAGCUGGGGCGACAGAGGCGCUGCGCGCGCUCUUUGGGGGCCUUGGGAAGGAGCGGAGGCCCCCCGGGAACCUCGCAGACCAGGCCCUGCUAGAGCAGCUGCUGCUCCCCACCACCGCCCCGAGUGGGCCACACGGCCUCGUUCCGGUGGCGGUGAAAGUGCUGCACCCAGGCCUGCUGUCCCAGGUGCAGGUGGAUCUGCUGCUGCUGAAGAUGGGCAGCCAAGCCCUGGGGCUGCUGCCGGGAGUCCAGUGGCUCAGCCUGCUGGAGAUCGUGGAGGAAUUUGAGAAGCUCAUGACCCAACAGAUCGACCUGCGUUACGAAGCGCGGAAUCUAGAACACUUCCAGCGCAACUUCCAGGAUGUGACAUCCGUCAGGUUCCCCACACCUUUGCGCCCCUUUGUCACCAGGGAUGUCUUGGUAGAAACCUAUGAGGAGAGUGUGCCUGUGUCCAGCUACCAGCGGGCAGGGAUCCCUGCAGAACUGAAGCAGAGGAUCGCGAGGCUGGGCAUCAACAUGCUGCUGAAGAUGAUAUUCGUGGACAACUUCGUGCAUGCGGACCUGCACCCUGGAAACAUCCUGGUGCAGGGCACUGAUGGGCUGUCCCCGGGCCUCGAGCAGCUGGAUGUCUGUGACCCGCUGGUGGUCGCUGUGGCACCAGCCCUGUGCCCGCUGCGUCUGGUGCUGCUGGAUGCUGGCAUUGUGGCUGAGCUGCAGGCCGCCGACCUGAGGAACUUCCGGGCUGUGUUCCUGGCCGUGGUGCUGGGCCAGGGCCGCAGAGUGGCUGAGCUGAUACUGCGUCAUGCCCGGGCCAGUGAGUGCAGGGACGUGGAGGGGUUCAAGGUGGAGAUGGCAGCGCUGGUGACCCAGGCCCGGAGGAACAGCGUCACCCUGGAGAAGCUGCACGUCUCCAGGCUCCUCUCCAGUGUCUUCAAGUUGCUGAUGACUCACAAGCGGUCCCCUGGAGUGACUGGAAGUGAACAAAUGGGUGAUGGCCACUGCCUGCCCUGUGGUAGUCCCUGUCUGGACUGUCAGAGCCAGUGUGAUGCUCAGCUGACGUGGACGUGAGGGUGUGGGGUCCACCUGUAGAGUGGUUAUUUAAUUAUUGUAUUUUGAGAGAAUAAUGUGGUUCAGGCUGGCCUUGAACUUGCAGUGCUUCUUCUGCCUCUGCCUGCUGAGACCACAGGUGUGUGACCAUUCACUGCUUAGACAUGCUGUUUACUUCCCGUGUACCCAGGGGGGCUUCUGAGCAGGCAAGGGUGGCUCUGAGUGGCCUGGAGGGGCUGCCAGCCAGGGAGGUGAUCCCUGUGCCAGGCCCACAUCCACUCACCCUGGGUCGGCACAAACAGCAGGUGCCUCCUUCACCUGCCUUUCCUUGAAUCAGGUUCACAGAAUCCAUCUGUGGUGUAUGUUCUGCCACCCUCUAUGAACCAUGCCAAGAUGUCACUGCACUUUCUACGAGGCAGGAAUCCGGGUGUGGCCCCUUGGGAUCCUCUGGCAUCACAAGGUCCCACUGGGUGGGUCUGAUGCCAGGCUGCUGGACCAAGGGUCUCUGAUCGCCAGGAGUGGAUCCUGCAGCCAGGAAAGCGAAGUUGGCAGUGCUGAAGAGGAGCAAAGCAGUAACAGGUGUACUUUCAGAUAGGCAACUGUCCUGUUUUAAAAACAGUAUCUUAAAAUAAAAAUCUUCAAUUUAAAACACUUAGGUUAGGGCCGGGGAUUUAGCUCAGUGGUUCUGCUGCUUGCCUCACAAGUACAAGGACCCGAGUUCAAUCCCCGGCACCAAAAAACAAAAAACACUUAGGGUACUUCAAAU